AUGUUUACCAAAUAUCAGUGGUUUCUGGCUGGAUUAAUGUUAGUGACUGGGUCCAUUAACACUUUAUCAACAAAAUGGGCUGAUCGGCAAAGUGCAAAGGGAUGUAAUAAUUACCCAUCUCAUCCAUUUGAUCAUCCCUUUUUUCAGGCUUGUUGUAUGUUUAUUGGAGAACUUUCUUGCCUGUUGGUUUUUAAAUUGACAGUAUUUGUCGCCAAGCGUCGCAAUAAAGCUAUUGAUAUCGGAAGCCAAACAUUCAAUCCAAUUGUUUUCUUGCCUGCUGCUUGUUGCGAUAUGACCGCAACAUCAUUGAUGUACAUCGGGUUGAAUAUGACAUAUGCAUCGAGCUUUCAGAUGCUACGUGGUAGUGUUAUUAUAUUUACUGGAUUAUUAUCGGUUGGUUUCUUGCACCGUGUUCUUCGCCCAUUCCAGUGGUUGGGAAUGUUUACUAUUAUCAUUGGCUUAGCAGUUGUUGGUCUAUCAGAUAUUUUAUUCAAUAAAGACACUACUAAACAUAGUGCGCCUUAUCCACUUUCCGGUGAUAUGAUCAUCAUUAUGGCCCAAAUUAUUGUUGCCAUUCAAAUGUGCUACGAAGAACGAUUUGUAUUGCGUUAUAAUGUUCCGCCUUUGCAAGCUGUUGGAUGGGAAGGAUUUUUUGGAUUUUUUAUUUUAGGCAUCUUAUUAAUUCCAUUCUAUUUCAUUCACGCUAACGAAAUGUUUAGUCAUUCUCCCCAAUUUCGUUUGGAAGAUGCACUCGAUGCUUUCUGCCAAAUGGGCAAUUCUAAAAUCAUUGUAAUCGCAAUGAUUGGCAACAUUAUCAGUAUUGCUUUCUUUAAUUUCUCUGGUAUUAGUGUUACCAAGGAAAUGAAUGCAACAACGCGUAUGGUACUAGAUAGUCUACGAACAAUGAUCAUUUGGGCUGUAGGAUUGAUUGCAAUGUGGGAGAAGUUUCAGUACUUGCAGAUAAUCGGUUUUGUAAUGCUGAUUAUCGGAACAUGUGUAUAUAAUGAUUUGCUGGUUGGGCCAUUCUUCAGAAAGAGGGGACUGCUUUUGAGAAUUUUUGAUCUUCCAGAAGCCACACCCCUAAGAGAUACUGAAAAGUUACUGUCACCACCUGAUUAUGAAUCCGUUGCAGAUGAACGUACUCGAUUAAUUAAUUCUUAA